AUGCACCCGCGUCUCGGGCUAGUGACCUUGGCGGGCUCUGCCAAGACAGCGGGCGGACGUCUGCAAGUCGAGGUGGGGGUGGGGUUGGAAUGGGGGCUCAAACUGCAGCCUGAAGCGCUCCUGGCGGAAAGGACUUGGCCCUGCCUGGCGAGGGGCAGUGCAUCCCAGCGGAGAACGAGGGCGCCGGUAUCAGCCAGCGCGCCUCCCUGGUGCCGGGAGCUCAGGCAUUUGGGAGGGAGCCCGGGACCAGCGGGGUCAGGGAGCAUGCGCGUGCGCACCAGCCCCACGCUGCCCCGGGCGGCGCGGGGAGGGCGGGGCGGUGUGUGCGUGACGUCACCGGGGGCGUGGCUCCGGGCCGCGCAGGAACAGCUGGUGCCGGACGAGGGCGUGGGCGGGAGGAGCUCGCGCGGGGUGCGCGGGGUGCGCGGCGGAGGGGGCUCGAGCUGCAGCAGGAGCCGCUGCCGCCGCUGCCGCCGCCGCCGCCGCCGCCCGCCUUGCACCAUGUUCGCGCAGCUCGAGCGAUGCGAACGCGAGUGGCACGAGCUGGAGGAGGAAUUCCAGGAAUUGCAGGAAACCCACAAAGUGUACAGGCAGAAGUUGGAGGAGCUGACCACACUCCAGGCGUCCUACAGUAGCUCCAUCAGCAAGCAGAAGAAGCGGCUGUCGGACCUCAAGGGUAGUCUCCAGAGGUGUAAGCGGCAUGCCAACUGUGAAGAGGCCGACCUCAUUCAGCAGAUGAGUGCCAGCAUCAAGGAACGGCAGAAUAUCUUCUUUGACAUGGAAGCUUACCUGCCCAAGAAAAACGGGCUGUAUCUCAGUCUGGUCCUGGGGAAUGUCAAUGUUACCCUCCUCAGUAACCAGGCCAAGUUUGCUUACAAGGAUGAGUAUGAGAAAUUCAAACUUUACUUGACCAUUAUCUUCCUGCUUGGCGCCAUAGCCUGUAGAUUCUUCCUGCAUUACAGAGUAACCGACGAAGUGUUCAACUUUCUGCUGGUCUGGUACUACUGCACGCUCACCAUCCGGGAAAGCAUUCUCAUCAGCAACGGCUCCAGAAUUAAAGGCUGGUGGGUGUCUCACCACUACGUCUCCACUUUUCUGUCUGGGAUAAUGCUGACCUGGCCAAAUGGACUCAUCUAUCAAAAGUUCCGCAAUCAGUUUUUAGCCUUCUCCAUCUUUCAGAGCUGUGUCCAGUUCCUACAAUAUUAUUACCAGAGCGGAUGCCUCUAUAGACUGCGGGCUCUGGGGGAGAGGAAUCAUUUGGACCUCACAGUGGAGGGCUUCCAGUCCUGGAUGUGGAGGGGCCUUACUUUUCUCCUGCCGUUCUUAUUCUGUGGUCACUUCUGGCAACUUUAUAACGCCAUCACACUGUUUGAGCUCUCUACCCAUGAAGAAUGCAAAGAGUGGCAGGUCUUCGUCUUGGCCAUCACGUUUCUCAUCCUCUUCCUGGGCAACUUCCUGACCACGCUCAAAGUUGUGCAUGCCAAACUCCAGAAGAAUAGAGACAAGAUGAAAUUAUGAGCAGCGAUGCCUUCCCUGCCUGGCGCCCUGGACUCUGACCCAGCUAGGGGAAUACCGGGGGGCCCGUGUUGUCUUGGGCACCAUUUCCCAGACGGCUUCUCUCUGGUCUCUCUGGGGCACUGGGAGCAGACCCUGGGACCUCCGUCACACCUAGCUGGAGACUAGAAGAAUGUGAACCCUUCCAUUCAGUAUUACCCCAGACCCGUGCCCCGCCCCAGUCUAGACGCCUGGUUCCCCGUUCGUGUCUAUUUAAGACUGGGCCUUCCCCACUCCCCUGAACCAGAGACCUCUCUUGCCCUCAUAGCUGCCAGCUGACACAGUCCUUUUCUAGUGGUGCUCUCCCCGCCUCGAGCUGUACAGGAGCGGGGAGAGCAAGCAUGUUUCAGGAGAUUUCUGUUUGGAGGUGAACUUUGGGCUCUGCCCUGCCGUUUUGGCGCAAGUUGGGUACGGGCAGUGAAUCCUUCAGUGUCCUGUGGGCCUUUCCCCCCUCCCUGGGAAUGCUGCUACUCCCCCAGGAUCCUCCUUUCCCUCCUGCCUGCCCCAACGUGGGUCAUUCACUAAGGUCCUAGAGAUCCACGUCGUCUCCUCGUCAUCAUCAUCCUCAUUGUCAUCGUCGUCAUUGCCAUCUCUGGGCCUCUCAUCUCUCAUCUCUGGUGGCAGCCUGCCUCCUGGAGCCCUCCCCUGCCUUUCCUUGGGACUUCCUUCCCCUCUCCUUAUACAUCCCGACAUGUCGGAGAGAGAGGGGAUGAGUGUUUACAAGACAAGAGAGACUCCGGUGCCCGUGCCUGGGGUUCCGCUGCUGGAGUCUGCUGGGUAUAAUGGAAGGAAUAUUGGAUAUGGAGACAAAAGGCCUGUGUUCCAAUCCUGGCUGUCAUUUACAGUUGGCUAUCCAUUUCCUCCUCUCCGGGCUUCUGUCUCCUACUCUUUAAAGGGGGCCCAGAAAACGUACCUUGAAGCCCCUUCCAGCUGUGAUUCUAAAGCAGCCAACUCCCUAGUGCCCCUCUGUGGGGCCUUGCAUGCCCACCUCUUGCCUAGACUAGCUGCCUGGGACCUGCUGCUUCUGAAGAGCGGGCAGCAAUUCUCGAGCGACACCAGCAGGGGGUGUUGUGGGCCACUGGAUGUGGAUGGAUUUGACAUUGGGUUGGCUGGGAGAAUGGCUGAAACACAACUUCCCAACUCUGGAUGCUCCCUCCUCAAGGUCAGUGUGGGCACACUCAGGGAAAACUGGGCCUGGACUAGAACUCUUAAGAACUCUCUUCCAGCCAGCCUUAAAGUCCUAGGAAUGUGGGCUACUGGGAGAUGUCUUUCAGAAGGUGAAUUUGGGGGCAGGAGGAGAAAGCCAAGUAGAAUUUGAAUUUUAAUCUGCUGUUUUAAGGGAUCUGGCAUCCGUGCUGACCCCUCCCAGGGGUAAUUGAGAAUUGAUUAUAUUUGGGCCGUGGCCACCCCAUAAGCAUCUCCCCCUUCCCCCAAGCACCACCAUCUUGGUGGGCUGAGGGUGGAGGGUGGCUAUGACCAGCCAGCACCAGCCUGAAUCUCCCCCCCAAAUUCUUUCUCCUCCGCCACUUUCCUAGUCUUCAGUCGACCGCCGCUCCCUCCCAGAUCCUGGGAUGGUUUCCGUUUUUAAUAAAAAUUCUCACUUGUCUGAA